ACCGCACGCAAAAUUAUUGUUUAAAGAACAGAUAUCUUUAUCUGAAUUAUGAUAAUUAGACGUUUUCGUCAUAGUGUAGUAAAAUGAAUCAGUUUUACGAGUAUUUGAUUCAUUUUAGUGCAGUUCUUUAUACGUUUUAUAUUUUAAACUAUGAAGACAUAAAGAUAUUCAAUUAUCUUUGAAAUCUACACAAUACAGGAAACAAUAUAUAAAGGUGUUGAAACUAUGGAAUAGUAUUUAGUUAUACAAUUACUUAGAAGAUGGACUCAAUGAUUGAUGCAGUUCAGAAAAUGAAAAGGCAACAGACAGCUGUAUGGCAACGUCUGAAUUCAGUUACCUUAGUUGAGAAUUCAAAGCAAACCAUCAAACGACUCGAAAAUCUUGAAGAACAUGUACAAAAGUUAGACACGCAGUGUGAUACCAAUUCUAUCAAAUUGGCCGAUAUUAAUCUUCUAGUCCAUUCUUUGUUAGAAAUGGUAAAUAAGAUUGCUGUUGCAGUAGAAAACCUUCAAAAUAACAGAACCUUAGAAACAAAUAGCGAUACAGCAAAUAAAAGGGAUAAUCAAACUAAUAAUCAUGCUUCAAAUACUCCACUACAAAACAUCAAGAUAUCACCAACGAAAGGUUUUAUAUCUGACUCUAAGGACAACGAUGAAAAACGGAGGGAUUUCAAAUUAGAUCAACGUAUUCAUAAUAAGGAUUCAUCACAUACAAUUAAUCCCGACAAAUAUAAAACAAUGUGGCCAUAUAAAACAGAUUUAUCGAUAGAUGUUUACAACGUUUCAUUAUGCACAGAAGUUUCACAAAGAAGCCAUAAAGAUGACAGUGACUUUAUUCCUGGUUCUGAAGAGCCAUUUCACAGAACUAGCAAUAAUGGUAAAUUUGUAUGUAAUGAAGAAGAAAAUCUAACAGACAAAAACAUAAGUUUCCAGACUACAGACAACAAACAGCUUUCAACAAGCAACAUAAAUAUACAAAAAUCGAUUCACAGGUGCACGAAAGAUAAAUCUGGAUAUAAAAGCACACGUUCAAAUUUACAAAGUGAUAAUCGUCUAAGCUUUCACAAUAGUUUAGAAAGUUUUGAAGGUAACGUUUUUUCUUCCCCCACUUUUCGAGUUCCAGUGGAAUUGUCAUUAGAACCUAACAUUUCGAAAACUGAAACAAAAUACACGGGCAUUUCACUAAAAAGUGAUUCACAUGAAGAAGACGCUGCAGACUAUAUGCAAUUUAUCACUGAAAGUCAAGAGGAUCUACAUCGUUUAAAACAUAGAGCUGACGAUAGUAUAAGAAUUCAAUUAAAUGAAAAAGCAAAUAAACCAAUCAAGGAUAAAUGUAUGCAUGCAAUUAAAAGCUCAGACGUAGCACUGAGCGACGCAAAUAUACCACAAACGAACCAUAGGUGUACAAAAAAUGACUUUGGAUUCAAAACAACGAGAUCAGAGAUGAAGUAUGAUAAUCGUGUAAGAUAUCAUAGUAGCUCAGAAUGUUUUGAAGGUUGUGAAAUUUCUUCUUCAAAAAUUGAAAUUCCAAUGGAAAAUAUACCAGUACCAAAUAUAGAGCAACAACCUUUUAUGGAUGAUGCAAGAUCAAAGGUUACGUCGUGCGAAACAUGGGAAAGUCGACCACAGACUCAAACUGAUCUUCAUGAGGACUCCGGGCUGGAAAGUUACGGCUUUGACGAAAUGAAACCGCCUAGGACAAUAACAGACUGGUUACAACUUCUAAAGCAAAUUCUAACAUUCAAUGCAUACAAACAUAGUUCCUCAAUAAUUAGACGUGGAGGAGGACGCCAUAUUACACUGGUAUUAGAUAUUUCAGAACGGAUGAAAGGACCAAAAUUUGAAACCAUGAAGUCAGCUGCUGUUCAGUAUAUUGAAGGUAUAAGACAAGUUGCCAUGUUGGGAAUGGCCGAUAAUAUUGGUCUUGCGGUGUUUGGUGGACAGAGUCGACUCAUUCUAGAGACAACAAAUGACUACAAAUCAAUAUUGGAGCAUAUAGAUAAACUACAACCAAAUGGAAAUGCACCAAUUAUUGGAGGAUUGUUAAUGGGUCUAGCUGGAGUGUUAUCAGGUCCAGUGGGUCGCAUUGGGGAUAAUGCACUGCAGGGGCACAUGAUAAUUUUUACGGAUGAGACUUCCGGGCUUGUAUUUCCAGAGUUGGAAAUGAAUGUAGGUGUUACCUGUUUAUUUACCAUCGGAAACUUUCGUGGUCGUCCAGAGACCGAUAGCAUACAACAGUAUAUAAGUAGCACUCAAACUAAAGUAUACUAUGUUCCUGUUGGGGAUAGAAAAAACAAUCCUAUUUUGGAAGAAUCAGUAAGACAGACACAUGGUAAAGUCAUACAAACCAGUGAAAUGCAUCGUUUGGUCAGAAUGACUCAAGUUAUCGGAUUGGCUUCACAAAUUGCUUCAGAGAUAAGGUAUUGUCCGCAUGAACAGACAAGGGAAGUCAUCAAACGAAAAAUUAGAAUGGGAUCAAGUCAUGACGAUUCACAUGAUGAUUGCUUGGAUAUGGUUAUGGAUUUUCUGAACCCUUUGAAUAUGGAAAAUGGACAAGGGAAGUUUGUUGAACUAAGCGCAAGAACAUUACAACUCGGUGAUAGGGUUCGUCGUGGACCCGAUUGGUCGUUUGGCGAUCAGGAUCGUAAUCUUCCUGGAACAGUUAUUGGGCAAGACGAGGAAGGUAUUAUAUGGGUAGAAUGGGAUCAUGGCCAAGAAAAUGUAUAUGCGUAUGAUGAACAAAGACACAUUUAUAAGAUUAUGAAAGUAAGCGAACCUAGAAUACUUGUUGAUGAGAUGAUCGCUGUUGGUUGUAAAGUUGUAAGAGGGCACGACUGGAAGUUUGGUGAUACUAAUGGUGGACCAGAUAGUAUAGGAACUGUUUUAGAUGUAAGAAGAGAAGGAAAAGUUGUGGUAAGAUGGGACUGUAAACGCACAGGCCUAUAUAAGAUGGGACAUAAAGGACGGUUCGAAAUUCGAUUAAAAGAUGGCAAUGCCCAAACUAGUCGACAAGCCAGGGAACGAAUUCCAGGACGUCGGCAUGCUAGACGUCGAUCAAUGUCAGACGAGGAAGAUGAAUUUGUACCUGAUGUACCCACUACAUCUACAAAACAUGCCAGCGACUACGUCAUUCCUAUCUAUUCAGAUUCAACAGUAAGCGCUAUUUGGGAGUAUCAAGACUGUUCUGAUUGGAAGAAGUAUCCUGAUGAAAUCAAUGUAAAAAUUGAAAGGGCUUAUCAGAGGAAACAGAGGAAAACCAUUAUCGAAAUCGAUCGUACAACGUAUGAAGUACAUUUUUCUAAAAUGGAACAAGAAAAUCCACAAAACAAAUCGAAAGUAACAGUAAGAAGACGAGACUGAUGGUAAUUGAUGGAAACAUUUUAGUGUUGACAUAAAUCUUUGGGAUAAAGACAAACAAGAACCACUUCAGCUUAAAACUUUCGUGUUUAUCAUGUCUUUCGCAUCCACGUUUUUGU